GAGGGCCUUUUAUGAUAUAUAUGCACAAAUCCAGCUGCCUUGCAGUGUAUAAAAUGCAUUUGUGUUGUCUUGUGAAUAAAUCUGGCAUGGUCCUUUACAUAAUGAAGGCUAAUUAGUUUAUGCUGCAGCAUUCAUGGCUGUCUUUGACAGGUCUGCCAAAUGUAUGAAGGACGGGUAGCAGGCCAAAGAGAGACAGCCUUACUCAGCUGAAAGCCUCUCUGCAGUCUCCCAGCUGCUGCUGCUGCUCCAGAGCCAGAGUGGAGAGUCCCCUCGCCCCCCUGCACAGACAGAGACAAAAGGCCUGAUUCGCCUGCUGAACACUGCCCCCUUUCUCCAUCCAUCCCUUCAUGCACGGCUGUAGUGGUGGUGGAGGUGGUGGUGGUGGUGGCGGGGGCUUCAGGAGAAAAGAAGGCCUGGACUGGGACUAAAAUCUAGGACUGACCCAGUGAAGGACAGUGAGAAGAGGGGGAGGGGAGGAGGAGGUGAGGAGGAAGAGGAUGGGGGCUGAAAUGGUUGGGGCUGAGUAAAGGCAGGUGCUGAGGCCUCUACAGGAAGACUCUCACAGUGGAAAAAAAUCUGACAAGGGUGAUCUCCACAUCAGAACAGGAGUAGGACCAUGGGAGAUAUGAAGACGCCGGACUUCGAUGAUCUGCUGGCGGCCUUCGACAUCCCCGAUAUGGUGGAUCCUAAAGCCGCUAUUGAAUCUGGCCCCCAUGAUGACCAAGACGGACAGCUCAAGCAACCUAGUGGUGGGGUGACUACCAAUGAAGAUGAGGCCCAAAACCCCUCAACAGGACAUGAUGUUGGUGUUAGUGUCAUCGUCAAGAAUAUCCGAAACACGGACACUAGUGAACAUGGUGGAACCAUAUCCGAGAAGGAUGGACAUUUUCAUCCCCAACCUCAUUCUGUAGGCAUUGGCAAUGGACUUCAUAAUGGCUUCUUGCCCGCAAUACAAUCAAGUACUCAUUAUACCAAGAACGGAUGGAAAGCGCCAAGGGAGGAGGGACAACCAGUUAACAACCAAUCAUCUACCUUUAAUCAGUUCAGCCCCAUCUCCAGUGCUGAAGAGUUUGAUGAUGAUAAAAUUGAGGUAGAUGACCCCAUGGACAAGCAGGAAGGUCAGUCGUUCUUUAGGUCCACUACUAAGACAGAGGACCAGAAUUCCAAAUCUCCUGUAUCAGUGGACAAUGAUCAAAACAAGAGCACCGAUGGCAAUCAGGCAGGUCCCAAGUCUAACGAGCCCCCUCAAUCAAGUUUACCUGAGGGGGAACUAAAGGAAACUGUCCUCAAGUCUCAAGGUCAGGGGUGCAAGGAGGCUGGAGAGCCAACAGGGCCUGUUAAUGUGGUCAGUAUCUCUCAAGUCAAAGCUAAGUCCUCUGCAAAACUUUCAUCUUGUAUAGCAGCCAUAGCAGCCCUCAGUGCCAAAAAGGCUAGUGCUACUGACUUGGGUGUUUUGGAUUCUCCUACAACACAGAAAGAAUCCACCCAAGCCAAUAAAAGUCCUAGAGCUCUGGAGAAGCCACAUGAGCAGGAGUCAGCCCUAGAGUUUGCAAAGAGGCUGCUAACACGACAACCAGACAGCCCCUCUAGUGUCAUCAGUGAGGGGAGCAGCAAAGGUUCCCCUGAUUCAAGCACAGACACCACCCCAGUUAUCCCAAAAGUCAGGAUCAAAACAAUCAAGACAUCAUCCGGCCAGAUCAAGCGUACUGUCACCCGAGUUGUACCGGAGUUUGAUCCUGAUUGUCUGAAAAAAGGAGAGAACAGCCUUUCUGUCACCAGUGCAAUUUUCUCAUCCCCCACAAGGCCCUCUCUGCCAACCACAGUAUUAGCCACCACUGGAGGUCCUUCAAUUGAAAUAACCAAGCAAAUGACAAUAAAACCUGUGGCGACAGCUUUCCUGCCUGUCUCGGCAGUCAAGACAGCUGGUUCCCAAGUCAUCAACCUGAAGCUAGCUAACAACACCACUGUCAAAGCAACAGUCAUCCCUGCUGCAUCAGUGCAAAGCGCCAGCAGUGCCAUCUUGAAAGCUGCUAAUGCCAUCCAGCAACAGACUGUCAUGGUACCUGCCUCCAGUCUGGCUAAUGCCAAACUUGUGCCAAAGACAGUCCAUCUUAGUAAUCUCAAUCUUCUGCCCCAGGCAGUAUCCUCUGCUGUCUGUGAUCUCCAACAGGCCCUGUCCUCCUCCAAACAAUCACAGCAUGUCAAACAUCAGACAGUUCUCGCUGGCCGAGCCUCAAAGAAAGUCUCUAGGAUUCAAGUGUUGACCAACUCUCAAAGCUCUGUAGUGGACGCCUUCAAUAAAGUCCUGAGUAGCAUAAAUCCUGUCCCUGUGUACAUCCCAAACCUCUCCCCACCAACCUCAGCUUGUAUCUCUCUACCCUCACGUGGCUACAAGUGCCUUGAGUGUGGAGAUUCAUUUGCUCUUGAGAGGAGCCUGACACAUCAUUAUGAACGUCGCAGUGUGCGGAUCGAGGUCACCUGCAACCACUGUUCCAAAAGCCUAGUGUUCUACAACAAAUGCAGCCUUUUGUCUCAUGCCAGGGGCCACAAAGACAAAGGGGUUGUCAUGCAGUGCUCACAUCUUAUCCUAAAACCCAUUCCUGCAGAUCAGAUGAUAACCACAUCACCCUCACCAGGCCCACCCAGCAUCAUUGGCACCACCUCCCCCUCCCAAGCACAAGCGCCCACCAGCCAAAUCCCUGUCAGAGUUGCUGGUGGAGGGUCCAAAAGUACAGUGAUUUCAGCUUCAUGCAGUGCUCCUCUUGUGGCCGCCAUGCCCUUGGAGGAUGAUGCAUCGAAACUGUGCAGACACAGCCUGAAGUGCUCUGAAUGUAAUGAAAUGUUCCCAGAUGACAGCUCACUUGCCAUGCACUAUCAGCAGGCACCGGAGUCCAGUGGGCAGAAAACAUGCACCAUCUGCCAAAUGCUUCUCCCAAAUCAGUGCAGCUUUCUGUCACACCAGCGAAUCCACCAGCACAAGUCUCCUUACAUCUGCCCGGAGUGUGGCGCCAGCUGCCGUUCUGUCCACUUCCAAUCACAUGUCACAAAGAACUGCCUGCAUUACACCCGCAGAGUUGGCUACCGCUGUAUCCACUGCAGUGUGAUCUUCGCUGAUGCUGCAACUGUGAAAUCUCACAUCCAGAAUUCUCACUGUGAGACCUUCUUUAAAUGUCCUCUCUGCCCCAUGGCCUUCAAGUCUGCACCUGGAACACACUCUCAUGUGAACACACAGCAUCCAGGAAUGAAGGCAGGAGAGCCCAAGAUGAUCUAUAAGUGUUCCAUGUGUGAUACCGUGUUCACCUUGCAGUCCCUGCUUUACACGCACUUCGACCAGCACAUCAUCAAUCAUAAAGUGUCAGUGUUCAAAUGCCCUGACUGCUCCAUGCACUACGCACAGAAACAGCUCAUGUUGGACCAUGUCAAGGCCAUCCAUGGAACCCUGAAGACCAUCGAGGGUCCACCAAACUUGGGCAUUAAUCUCCCUCUCAGCACCAAACCCACCAACUCCAAUAGCACCAACAGCAACAGCCCCAGUAAUAACAACAAUAACAAAGAUGGAGGAAAUAUCAACGGUCAAGACAAGAGCGAAAAGAAGCCUUCACCUUCACCUCUAAAGAAAACAAACAGUAGUGGCUCAGCAGACAUCAAGAACCCUGCCAGCUCAGGAUACACAUGUGGAGACUGCAGUACCCUCUUCAGUUCUAGAGAGGUCUUUGUGGCUCACAUGAGGCGUGAACAUGGCAAGAUACUGAAGAAACACCCAUGUCGACAGUGCGACAAGUCGUUCAGCUCCUCCCAUAGCCUUUGCCGACACAACCGUCUCAAACACAAGGGACUGCGGAAGGUCUACACCUGCCCGCACUGUCCUGCUCUCAGUCAGCCAUUCACUAAAAGAGUGCUGCUGGAUCAGCACAUUCAUCUGAUGCAUGGAGUCAAAGACCCAGAGGGGAAGACUGUCAGCUCUGAUCAUACUGAGACUUCACCUGACAAAGAAACGACUCUCAGCCCCAAAAGGAAGCCAGAAGAGGAUGAGGGGUCUCCAAGCUUGAACUCCAGGGGCUUUGAUUCACAGCCCUUGAAGAGGCUCAAGGUGAACAUCCUAAAAGUUCACAAGUGUGCCGUCUGCGGCUUCACCACUGAGGACAUUGCAGCUUUUCACGAGCACAUUCCCCAGCACAAGUCCGAUGGCUCGUCCUACCAGUGUCAGGAGUGCGGCCUGUGCUACACCUCCCACCGCUCGCUGGCCCGACACCUCUUCAUUGUCCAUCGGCUGAAGGAGCCGCAGGGCCUCGCCCGAUACAAUGGACGGGGCAAGGACGACGAUGAGAGUCAGAGAGAGAACCAGCUGGACGUUACAGACGGGACCCCAAAUACCAAAUGCAAAGUGUGUGGUAAGAUGUUUGAAACGGAGGGAAACUUGAACACUCACAUGAGGACGCAUGGGAUGGCGUUCAUAAAGUCUAAGAGACUGAGUGCAACUGAGAAGUGACACUUUUAAACCAUUCCAUCUGAAGCAAACUCUGUUGUUUUAAACUUAACACAGUUUGGUAAAGCGUUGCAGACAACCGUCAGUGUGCUGUACAUACAUAAUGUACAUGUAGGGUACUACAAUAUGUAUACAAUAUACACACAAAAAUAUGUAAUAUAUGUCAAAGUCACUUUAUGUGUCUAAGUAAAUUGAACAAGAUAGUUUUUUGUACACACAUAGAUGUUUCUAUAGGCUUUGAAUAGAUCUUUUUUAUAGAAGAGCUUUUUUAUUUUAAACAGUUUCCAUUGUUCGCACUAGGGCUAGAUAAUGUAUGGAUAUAUUGUUGUAAUGGGAUUAAUCCUCAUACAGUCAGCAGUGUUCUGAAUGUUCAAUGCUGCUGAUGUCAAACGAAUGUCUGAGAGAA